CGACAACAAACCUUGACGUCUAGCUCCGGCGAUCGAGGGCGAAGGAGAGCUGAAGCCGUCCGUUUUCCCAGAAAGGGUUCCUAUGGAACGGGUGCUUAGCGUCAUAGAUCGAACUACAGCCCGCUGAGCCGCAGGGAAUCAGUGGGGAAUGGGGGGUUCGUGGGGUGAACAGCCUGCCAGCUCAGCGCAGUUGGUUACGCCACCGGUGUGGCGUCGGCAACCGCCUGGAAGCCCCCGGCACGCCCCGCAGCGGAGCUUCAACGCCAGCUUCCUGCUCAUCUGUGAUCUUCGCGAGCUCCAUGUACUCCGGUGAUGGAGAGCAGGCGAAGAGUCGUCACGGAGGCACGUCAACGGUUCAGGAAGAAGGCAGAGGCCGUGGUAGACCGGAGGCACCGAGGUGCCUGCGCCAAUCGUCACUACAAACCGCUGUUCGAGAGAUCCCGGUCUACGUGUUCGGCGGACGGGAGGAAGGGCGGGGUUGGGCAGGAAACGAAGGGGAACGCCCUCCAUUAGUGUUGGGGAGGCUCUCCCCGAUUUUGAAGGAAAGACCACAGAUGAGGAUUACCACAAGCUGCACGGUGAGGCGAUGAGCCACGCGGUGGCCCAGUAGAGAUCGCGAGAUUGCCGAAAAUCAACGGCGAGAGUCGGAGACUGGGAGCAUGCGCACGCUUGAUUGUCGGCGUAGGAGUGACGGUGGAGAGCUUGGAAAGCUGCAGUUCUUCACCCAGCAAGCGGAACGCGGAUGGGAGACGUUCUGCUCGGUGGUGUUACCUGCAGCCCGAAGCCUUCUCAGCAGUAUAUGAACGAAGAGAAUCAUGCAGACGCAUGCGGUUGGCCGACGAGGCCCCAUGUUCUAUACAUGCCACAGGUCUUUGGGUGACAACAGUUUCACGCACCUCCGCUUGGGACCCGUUACUGCGAGCAAUUGCCUUCGUGGUCGUGUGGGGCAAAGAAUGGGGAAGUCUGCCCUCGACUCUGUUGCGAACCCUUAGUACGACCCUGCAGCGACAGCCUCUGUUAACGUCCGGACUGUUCGCACUUUUGGAAGACUGUAUGAAAGAGCCACGCGCUUGCGGUCAUUGCGGGCACUGGAAAUUGGGCAGCAGCAACAAGAGGUGGUAUCACAUGGAUGUUGAGGGUGAAACCUUGUCGCACGAGGACGACGAGUAGCAUGUCGAUGUGUGGUCAGAGCCUGCAGGACAACGGGGUCAUGGGGCACUUGCGGGAUGGCCUCCAAGAGACGGUGCUGGAUACAGAGUUUAACGGUAUGGGUGGGGCGUCAAUCCAGCCGGAAGCGUGGAGCAACGCGGACGAUCUCGCUGCACAGGACUGCGUGCUGUGGCUGUCUGAACAUCGUUACGUCGAUCCAACAGAAAUACAGCCAUGCUGACGUACGGUUGCAAGCCGGAGGCGACUCUACCUCAUGCGUGCAGAACAUGCAGCGGCAACGGGAGAAAGUGCUAGCUCGCUUGCGGCUACAGAAGAUGUCGUUACAUCUGGGUCGGACGUCUGCAUCCGCGAGAGUGGACGGGAGGGCGUGUGUCCCAGCCUGUGAUGGAUACUCCUGCAUCCGGGGCAACGGAGGGUACAGCCCAAUCCUCCAUACUCGUCCAUCCCACCUCCAUCUGUUGCCAGCGCCAUGCAUGGCACUCCUACAGGAAGCGGCAGAAACCACGAGCAGCGGAACAGAACGACGCGGGGCCGGAGAACCCCUAGUCGAAUGUGACCAACGGCGUUUUGGCUGGUGAUGACGCGGUAUCGCCUGACGUGGUGCCAGAAGCCCAAUUUUGACUAGCUGCGGCACGACGUACGAACAAUUACUCUGUCCAAAUGUCUUUUGGAUGGAGGGCUGGUGGGGUGGGCGGGGGGGCAUCAUCAUCAAGUGCAGCAAUGUGGCCGUGAUUUGUUUUCUUUCUCCAUGUACCCAAGCGAACUGCCACGAAAUUGGAAUGCAGGCGCUACGUGGUUGCAUCAUUUUACUGCUGUAUGUGUCGUGUUGUAACAUCCUUUGGUGCGCAUUUAGGUUAGAUGAUGUGAUUGACUGCUGUAUGAUGGUGCAACACAGCAGCCCUGGCUAUCAACUAUAUGUUCUUUACGUUGCCUCUCGAUUGUUGAUAUUGACUCGAUUUUCUGAGACCCUUGCGCGAUCACCGCCGGAGAUGGCCGUUGCCCUCUUUCUUGGUCAUGUGCUUGUCCUGUUUGACCUCGUGUGCAACGACCCGGAGAAUUUCGGUUGGUUGUUGUCGUAUUGUAAGAGGUGUAGACUACAGUAGUCUAGUCUACAACAGCCCUCUGUUUUUUCUCUGUUGUUUUGUUUCGCACGUAUCGAAUUAAAUUAUGAAUAUCGAA